GUUUUUGACAAUUUCCACAAUCGACACCAUGCAGGACGCGCCGCUGCCGCCACUAGGCCACGUUCCCCUUCGAGACAAACGCCGUCCAUCGGAGGUUCUGAUUGCGGAAGAUCCGUCCAUCGAACUGGUGUGCGCAACGACCAGAUCGACGACCGUGGACGUGUCCAAGCUGCAGGAAGCGUUGUUGGCCCUCCCUGAGGAGCGGUGGUCCGAAGCGUACCAAACAAAGCACAACGUGUCGCUUCGCCGUCCGUUCCAUGACAAAGUCGGUGUUAACAAGAUCAUUAGCAUCUUCUCGGACAACCACUUGGAACACGUGUACUUGCUGCCCGAGUGGACUCACUGGCAGCCCCUCGUCCUGCCCAUCUUCGAGCACCUCGACAUUCCUCUCGACCGCGUCGUGCGCUGUCUCUUUGCGCGCAUGCCGCCUAACACGCUGAUCCCUCCGCAUCACGACAACGGGCCGUGGGUCGCGCGCACCCAUCGCAUCCACGUACCCCUGGUCACGUUUCCCGAGGUCAUCGUCUGUGCUUCGAUGAUGUUUCAAUCAUGUCUGUCAUCCUUAUCUCCCGUUUAGGUCGAGUUCAAAAGCGGUCGCGACGAAGCCACCAUGCAGCGCUACGCGUUCAACGUGGGCACAGUCGUGGAGCUCAACAACGCCGCCAAGCACAGCGUGUUCAACGGCGCGAGUGGCUGGCGGAUUCACAUGAUCUUUGACGUUCUGGAGCAAAUUGGUGGCCAUGAAACCGACUCGUUGCCCACCGUCACCACCCUCAACGCAGGCCAACUCUGUCGCCAGGUACGGGGCCGAGUCGAGCUCGUGACGGACGUCCAGCAGACGUCGACCGAGGCGGCGACGCAAGUGGCCCGCGAGUUGCUCGCCAAGCUCAAGACGCGACUCCCCAAAGAGCACGGCGACGCGCUGGGCACGGGUAUUCGGCAUUUUUUCAUCGAGCAGAUCACCGCGCCCGAGUUUGCCAGUGUCGUGCGGCGCCACUGCCCCGACGCGAUGCAAGGCGACGUGCUCGAAGUCCUGCGCAGUGUCGACGCGGUCAUGGCGGACGAGGCGACGGCGGCGCUGCGGGCGGACGAGUCGUUCGGUCCAUCGUAUUGCAUUCUUGGCGUGCAAAAGUGCGGCACCACGUCGCUGUUUCGGCAGUUGGGCCAGCACCCGCUCGUGUUGAAUGGAAAGCGGCGCGAGCCGCACUUUUUUGACUGGAUGUGGGGCCAUGCGCUGGCAUGGAACGGCGUUCCGCGAACAGACUAUGCUGCUGCCCACGCCCUGUUGCAACACUACACGUUUCUACCGAACAACGACAACGAUGCUGCCUCGAAUACCUCUGCCCACGACAUGCGUUGCAAGUACUUGCUCUCGCUGCAAGCCCCGCUCGAGAUGUUUGACCCUGCUUCGAUGCUCCUGGCCGACUCAACGCCCAGUUACUUGCUGUACGGAGCCCCCGUGGCAUUGCGAAUGCGCCAGUUGCUCCCGUCCAUCCGAUUCAUUGUCAUGCUUCGCAAUCCCAUCGAGAGGGCGUACUCGCAGUACCAUAUGACCGCCGACCCCACCGGCACCCCCCAUCAACUCGAGAUGCGCAAAGUAGUCCAAGGCAAGUCGUUCCAAGACAUCAUCCACGAAGACCUGGCGCGAUUGCAGGCGGUCCAAGCCGACCCGACGUCCAUCUCAAAGUUCCAGGAGUACGCCGACGCGUUGCCGCAAGACCACGGGUCACACUCGUACCUCGGGAGGGGACUGUAUGCCCUUCAGCUGCGCAUUUGGCUCGAGCAUUUCCCCCGCAGCCAAUUUCUCAUCUUAAACGUCGACAACAUGGACACCCCAGUGUCAACACAGGCAACCCUUGACGACGUGUGCACAUUCCUCCGCCUUCCACCGUUCACCCUCCGCGACGCCGCCAGACAAAACACCCGCGAGUACCCUCCCAUGUCCGACGCAGUUCGCGACCAGUUGCGUGCGUUCUACGCGCCACACAAUGCCGCCCUGGCCGACCUCCUGCCAGAGUUCACGUUUUCAUGGUCCUAAGCUGUUCGCAAAUACAUAUACUAGUACACACUAGAAGUAGCAGUUGGGAUUUCUCGUUAUGACGUGCCGCCGCCGCCCGUGCCUGGGGGGCACUUGUACUCGGACGGAAGCAAGUAAUUCUGCCACGUGUUGAAUGCAUAUUGGGCCUUGCCAAUGUUUUUCCGGGCGUUCUCGCGCCGCACGCCGUAUGUCCGCAAUAGCUGCGUCCAUUCCACGGUCCAUCCUCCUUGGCGACUGGCUUGGUCCAUGUCGAUGUGGCUACUGCUGCUGCUGCUGCUGCUGAUG